GAGGUCUUGGCUAUGGGCCUCGGGGCAAGUCCAUUGGAAAAGGCAGCUGCAACAAUCUAGUUGUCACCAGCAGUCCCAUGAUGGUUCAGCGACUGGGACCUAUAUCACCUCCUGCAAACCAGGUCUCAACAGCAUGCAACCAGAUCAGUCCUAGUUUACAGAGGGCUAUGAAUGCUUCAAACCUGAAUAUACCUCCAUCAGAUACAAGGUCCCUCAUGUCACGUGAGUCUCUGGCCUCUACAACAUUAAGCCUGUCGGAAAGUCAGUCAACGCUGAGUGUGAAACAUGAGUGGUCUCAUGGGUACAGGAUUCUUCCUUCCCUUCCUUCCAACCAAGGAUCUCAAAAUGGCAGUGAGCUAGGGGACAUACUGAGUAUACCACCUGGAACAUCCAUGUCCAACAACAGUGUAUCUAACUCAUUACCCUCCUACUUGUUUGGUAUGGAAAAUAACCAUUCCCCUUACCCGAGCCCUCGCCAUUCUUCAACCAGAUCUCAUUCAGCCCGCUCCAAAAAAAGAGCCCUCUCUCUGUCUCCUUUGUCUGAUGGCAUUGGGAUUGACUUCAAUACAAUCAUCCGUACAUCCCCAACCUCUCUGGUUGCCUACAUCAAUGGUUCGAGGACAUCGCCAGCGAACAUAUCCCCGCAGCCUGAGGUCUAUGGGCAUUUCUUGGGAGUAAGAGGAAGCUGUAUUCCCCAGCCUUGCUCUAUUCCAAACACUCAAAAAGGUCUUCUUAUGGCUAACAGCAACAUCACCCUCCCAGGUUACGGUGAAAAUGGGACUGUGGAAUACCAGCGGAUGCAGCAGUUGGAACAAAGUAGCUUGCAGUCGGCAGUCAUGAACAACAUGGUGGUUCAACAAGGUAUGCCUCUGAUAGACAGCCAGCCAAUGGGCAUGUUAAAAAGUGAACGUGUGGAUGAUUUUUCAAGCAGCACAAUUGACAUGCCUCCUCCUCCCCCUCUACCACCUCCUCCACCACAAGGUCCACCACCCCCUUACCAUGCACAUCAACACCGACAUCAGCAUGACCUCAUAAACCAUUCCCAUCAACUUGCCUUGCCUUCCUCUGCCCAGGGCCCUCUGUUGGAUGAGGAUGGUGAAUUAGAUGAUUUCAAUGGUAAACACUGCUGUCGCUGGAUAGAUUGCAGUGCUCUGUAUGACCAGCAAGAGGAACUUGUGCGGCACAUAGAAAAGGUUCAUAUAGACCAGAGAAAGGGAGAGGACUUCACUUGUUUCUGGGCAGGAUGCCCUCGAAGAUACAAGCCAUUUAAUGCCCGUUACAAACUGCUGAUUCACAUGAGAGUUCAUUCAGGAGAGAAGCCAAACAAAUGUACGUUUGAGGGCUGCAAGAAGGCCUUUUCCAGACUAGAAAAUCUCAAGAUUCAUUUACGAAGCCACACAGGAGAAAAGCCCUACCUUUGUCAGCAUCCAGGCUGUCAGAAAGCAUUCAGUAACUCCAGUGAUCGAGCCAAGCAUCAGAGGACACACUUGGACACUAAACCUUAUGCAUGUCAGAUUCCAGGAUGUACUAAGCGAUACACAGACCCAAGCUCCCUGAGAAAGCAUGUAAAGGCACAUUCUUCCAAAGACCAACAGGCCAGGAAAAAGUUGCGAUCAAGCUCAGAGCUUGACCAGGACAUCCUCAACGAUUGCCUCACUAUUCAGCCUCUCCAACCAGCCCCUUCACCACAUGAUGCUGCAGACAAUACCAUGGGACGAUCGCCAGGGCCUGUUCAUGACAUCUACACAGCUACAAUGUUCUCCAGUACUCACUCAAGUCGGAGUGGAACGGCUACUGGGGGUGGUCCACCAUCACAUCCUGUCAGUCACCCUUCUCCAGGGCAUAAUGUACAGGGUAGUCCUUGCAACCCACCAUCCCAGUUACCUCCUCUCUCAGCUGUAGACUCAGGCACUGAAAGGUUUGCAGCUCCUGCUCCAUCUCCCCACCAUAUCAGCCCCAGGAGAAUUCCAGUUCCCCCUCCCAUGAUGCAGAGACGGACACCCCAGACUCCCCAUCUCCUGCAGACUGCGGGAACACAUCUGAAGACGUACCAGCCAAUAACAAACCCCUCUUUUCAACCAAACAGCAUCCACAUCCAAGGCUUUUAUGGGCAACUACAGACUUUCUGCCCUCCACAUUACACUGACGCUCAGAGGAGCAUACAACAUGGCGGCUCUUGUAAUAUGGUCCCUCCUUUUGAAGACUGUCUAGUUCCCACAUCGAUGGGCCAGGCGGGGUUUGAUGUUUUCCACAGAGCUUUUUCAGCACAUUCUGGUAUUACAGUUUAUGAUCUUCCAUCAGGGUCAACAGGUAUCUUUGGUGAUUCAUUGCGCAAUGGGUCUGAGGACGCCAGUUUCCUUCAGAUAAAUGCAGUGGAUCGUUGUCCUAGCCAGCUUUCCUCUGUCUAUACGGAAGGCUAAAAUGAUCUAAUUAUAAUUACCAAUACUCUAUUGCAUAUCAUCUUUCCUUUCUGAUAGUCAAGAACAAAUGUUACAAAUAUCAUUCCUCCAUAAGACUGCUGUAUGUAUGUUUCAGAAAGAGGAGGAAAUGCAAUCAUCAGACACUCAACCUCACAAAAACAGCCAGUCAAAGGGGAAAUGUCGGUAAAACAAGAAAACUUUGCCAAAACUUUAGCAAUUGUUACUUUUUCUUUUGAUCUGCUGCAUGGCAGCACUACUUUUUUUUUUUUUUUUUCAAAGGGAAUUCAAAUACUGAAUAAGAAACCUGCUGCUGGCUGUAAUCUUUUUAAGCCGAAUCGGCAAAAUCAUUUAAGAAUGAACUUUUGCUGGGGGGGGAGAAUCUAAGAACUAAAACCAGAGAACACUACAAACAUUUUAAAAGGCUCACCUUCUUGCACAACCUAUUUGUCUGUGGUGCUUACAUAGCUAGAUACACACAAAGACAAGAAAGGGAAAACAAUUUGAGACGCAUCAUGGCACCACCAGCUAGAAGCAUUGUUGGGGCUUCUUGGAGCCAAAGAGCAUUGGUACUGGAUUUCCUGCAAUCCUUGUUUUGGUUUCCUGUUCCAUUCCACUAGAAUUUAAACCUUCCAGAAUGGCUAUUACUACCUUUUUCAAUAUUGUUUCCAUUUUAACAUUUUAUACAAUGAAUAAGAAGAGUUUAACUAAAAAGGCACUAGGAUUUCCUUUAUAUUUGAGCAGCCCUUAUUAGCAUUGCUAUGGAGAAUUUAAUAAAUAAUGAUAAACUUUCAAUAGAAUUUUUAACCAUACUAUGCAAUUUAAAAGAGAGUUAUAUUCCUGAUGUAGAAUGCUAUAGGAAGGUUAAAAAUAACCUGUAGAAAAGAUAUCAUUCUCCAUUAAAUUCUGUAGCUUUUUUAAAGCAAUUUGUAUGAAACCCUAUUAAAUUUAUAUUGAUUCCUAUUGGCUUCAUCCUUAUGUAAUUCUAUGGGCCUUUUCCAUAAGGCAUGCUAUAUUUAAGGGUUUGUUGAUGUUUGUACAAGGUUAUUCAGAGAUCUACAACUGAGUUGUUAAGUUGUGUUUUUUUUAACCUUUGGCUGGCCUGCAAGUUUUAACCCAGGCUAAAAGAAAAUCAGUUUGGCCAUCUUAAAAGCCACAAGUGUAUGGGCAAGGCGGGGAAUGAAGUUACUCAGUCGAGAUGUGGAUUUUGUCAUUGCUGUGCUCCUGGAAAGCAGCUUUUCUUAUCACUUAUUUAAAACUUUAUUUUAAAAUUAUUCAUCCAUAUUGUGAAUAAAAGCGUUUGGGGUUUCUUAA